CCUUACGUCACGAUUGUUUGACGCGGAAGUGGCUGGGCAAGCGCUGGCAUAAACACGUAGUUUCUUCGGGUGGAGGUCCAGAAAACAACGCCUGCGCUGUUUACGAAGCGCCUCGGACACCACGGGAAGUUCAAGUUGCUCAGCGGGCUUGAAGCGCAAGUGCCAUGAAACGAGUUCCGUACAAGCAUGUCGACGGCUACUGCUGUAAUACCUUUUUCAAUGAUGAUCUAGUGCGGUCAGCGCUCAACUACAAGCCGGAACCAGGCGACGUGUUCAUCGCGACGUACCCAAAAUGUGGAACGACCUGGGUUCAGUACAUUGUCUGCGGCAUAUUUAAUCGUGGCACUUUCCCUGAGGACCCCCUGGAGUUCAUGCUUGCCUCUCCAUUCCUGGAAAUGUUAGGAGCCGAAGCAGCGCAGAAGAUGCCAAGGCCUGGAGCCAUCAAGACGCAUAUGCCAUUCGGCAAGGUUCCUUACUCGGAGCAGGCCAAGUAUAUUACCAUUGUUAGGAACCCUUUCGAUGUGUGCGUUUCCUUCUAUUACCACACCAAGGAGAAGCCAUCAUACGAUGUCGCGGACAUGACGUUUGACGACUACUUUGAAAACUUCGUGCGUGGCACAGUGUCCUUCGGUGAUUACUUCGACCACCUGCUCUCCUGGUAUGAACACAGAAAUGACCCCAACGUUCUCUUCCUGACGUAUGAAGAACUGAAAAUGGACGCUACGACGCAGAUCCUCAAGAUAGCCGACUUCCUGGGCACUGACUACGGCAACAUGCUGCGUAACAAUGACGAGCUCAUGAAGAAGCUACUGGACGGCUCUGAGUUCAAAAACAUGCAAGUGAACGUAGAUAGUGGCGGUAGUAUUCUCCAUCGCCUUCUUGAAUUGCCACCCGAGCGGGCGCUGAAGUCCCUGGAAGUGUUCAGGGAGCCCCUGAGCAAGAGGACGGCCAGUAAAGGGCAAGUGCGAUUUCUUCGGAAAGGCAUCGUCGGCGACUGGAGGAACCACUUCUCCGAAGAGCAGAUAGAGAGGAUGAAUAAACGAAUCGUCGAAAAAUGCGCCAACACAGAUGUGAUGAAGCUUUGGGAAGGGAUUGGCCUUCCUCUGCACUGAAAUCGUCAGCGGCGCUACACCUGAAAAUUAUGGAACUUGCUGUCAGUGCGUGUGCGACUAACAGCGUGGUUGCACGCUCACCUUAACGGGCCACGGAAAUGAAGGAUUGCUGAAUUACGUCAGCCCCAUUCACUGAUUUCCAUGAACUCAAGAAAAAUAAAACGCAGUCAAUUAGACAAGUGAAUUUAAACAGCCGUUGCAUUGCCUGUUGAUUAAAUACGAGUGCUAUCAGCGUGCCGCA